GGUGAUUGACCCGCGGCUUGAUAAUAUAAACUUUGACAAAGGAGGAAUGCUGCACUUGAUAGGUAUAAAAGCGUGUUCGUCGUAUUGUUGAAGGCCCUUGCCUGUUACUGCUCACCCCCUUCGUUUUUCUACAGGGUGCAUUCUUCCUCGAGAACAUCUUCGACAAUGAGCAACAACACUAUUGACAAUAGUGACUUGGCCAAGGCUCAUGUGCCUGAGGCAGCCAUUCAGGGUACCGCCUACGAGACUCAUGCCGGUCGUGGAUCAUUGGAUGUCGGCAAGAGUGAGCCUCUCUACGAAGUGAGAACACCAGACACCGAAGAAGACCACGACGACACUCCUACGGACGAAGAACUCACGACAUUGAGGAGAAUUAGUGGCCCAAUAAAAUGGGCCGCCUACACGGUUGCUUUUGUUGAGUUGGCCGAACGAUUCUCAUACUACGGGAGUUCCAUUCUUUACACCAACUUUAUUCAAUGGCCUCUGCCUGAGGGCUCCAGAACCGGUGCCGCUGGUCUCAAUGGCCAACCUGGUGCUCUUGGCAUGGGUCAGAGCGCUGCUCAGGGUCUCAGUCUGUUUAACCAAUUUUUCGCAUAUGUUAUGCCUCUUGUUGGUGGUUACAUUGCCGAUGCUCAUCUUGGCCGUUACAAGACUAUCCACAUUGCUAUUGUUGUCGGAAUCGUCGCUCAUAUCAUCCUCGUCGCUGCUUCUGCACCCGAUGUUAUCGUCAACAAGACUGGUUCGACUGCUGCCUUUAUUAUUGGACUCUUGACACUCUGCGUCGGCACGGGUCUCUUCAAAGCCAACAUCUCCCCUUUGCUCGCUGAACAAAAUCCAGUCAAGAAAAUGUAUGUCCAGACGCUGGCGACGGGUGAAAGGGUGAUCGUGGAUCCCGCCAUCACCAAUUCUAGAAUCUUCCUGUACUUUUACCUGUGUAUCAACAUUGGUUCCUUGACAGGACAGAUCUCCAUGGUUUAUGUAGAAAAGUUUGUGGGUUUCUGGUUGGCAUUCUUGCUCCCAACUAUACUCUUCGUGGCCGCUCCUACUAUUCUGUUCUUCAAUCGCAAGAACUACAUCCUUACUCCACCUACUGGCUCUAUCUUGUCAAAGUUCUUCCACAUGCUCGGCUUCACCUGGAAGAACAGACAAGGAAAAUUCAACUGGAAUGUCGCAAAGCCCUCCAAUGUGCCAGUCGAAUCACGUCCUGCGUGGAUGACCUACGACGAUGCCUGGGUAGAAGAGGUCAAACGUGGAAUCAAGGCAUGCAAGGUAUUCUUGUUCUUGCCCCUCUUUUUCUUGGCAUACAACCAGAUGACAGGCAACCUUACGUCCCAGGCUGCCGUCCUACAACUCAACGGCGUCCCAAAUGACCUUUUGCAAAAUCUAAACCCUAUAAGCAUCGUCGUCUUAAUCGUGGUGCUGGAUCACGCAGUUUAUCCAUUUUUGAGAUCCAGGGGGAUUUCUUUCACACCAAUCAAGCGCAUGACACUUGGCUUCUUCUUCGCCGCUGCCUCCAUGGUCGCUGCUGCCGUCAUGCAAUACUUCAUAUAUAAAAAAUCACCAUGUGGAAAAAUGGCCGCGGACCCGGACUGUAUCGAGGCCAAUGGAAAAGCUGACAUCAACGUAUGGUCCCAAAUCGUACCCUAUGUUCUUAUUGGUAUCGCGGAGAUCUUUACCAACGUCACCUCUCUGGAGUACGCCUACGCAAAAGCACCCGCCAAUAUGAAGUCCUUGGUCAUGUCAAUCAACCUGUUUAUGUCGGCCUUCGCCAGUGCUAUCGGACAAGCUUUCACACCCCUAUCUCAGGACCCUCUUCUCGUCUGGAACUACACCAUCAUCACGAUUCUAGCCUUCCUUGGUGGAGUAGGGUUCUGGUUCUGCUUCCGUGAUCUGGACGCCAAUGAGGACAGAUUGAACAUGCUGGAGAUCAGUACCAUGAGAAACAACAAUACUGCUGUGGAGCCUAGUGACACCGAAGCACAGGUCCAACAUGUUCACGAUGAGAAGAAGUGAUUCUCUUGACAUUAGCUUGACAUUUCCUCUCAUUGAACAGCGUCUAGUCUAAGCUACCCCAGUGCUCAGUUCACUAAUCGUUGGUCACUGUUCAUAGUCUUACAUAUUGAUACAUUGAGGACGCUCGUUCAUACGGUCAAGCUGUCUAUCUUUCAUGGAUUCUUUGUUGUCGUCGUCUGUGAAUCGGCCUCAGAUCUCGCCC